GGACGAAUGUGGGAGGAAAGAGUCAUACUAUCCCGAACACCGCUGGUUAGCCCAUCUAGUAAGACUACAGAGCACUUAUAAGGAACCGGAGGAGGAAAGGGAAGGAAACGUGCCUAUAUCCACUUGGCCCAUCGGGUAUCGAACGCCAACGUGCAAGAAGCGUUCCGUUGCUCUACCGACCAGUCAGACGAACAACACACUGAGGCGAGGUACAUUAUCAUUAACGUUACCAUUCAACUGGUGUACAAUUAGCCUCCAUGCGAACAAUCCAGGGCGGCAGUACUCAGCUAGUUGUGCUUGCGGGAGUUGAGCUCUGGCUCUUUGGUCCCGCCUCUCAACUGUCAACUUACAAGCAGUGUUGCUGGCAAGUUGCACAAGAGAAUGUGUGGGAGGAGGAAGGCGCGGGCGGCGCUGCCAGGAACCCGACUGCUACUGCUUCACCUGCUGCUCGUCUCUCCAGGUAACUGUCUCCGCUGCAUCAACUGCACCAGUCUGCGGGACGCCAGCUGCCUAGAGGGUAUCGGUGAGGAGCAGCACUGCACCAAGUCUGAGAACUACUGCGUCUCCUACACCGGCUUCCUCAAGAACGGCCGGGCGCAGGUGGUGUUCCGGGAGUGCGCCGAGACGAACAUGUCGCAGUUCUGCGGGGAACACCUGGAGCGGCUAGCCAACAACAGGGUGGAGCAUCUGGUAGCUUGCUACUACACCUGCGACACCGACCUGUGUAACGUGCAGCGUAUGAAGCACUUCAGCGGCGCCGCCACCAUCGCCGCCCUCCUGCCGCCUCCGCCAGCCACCGCUCUGGUGGCUGGUCUCUUGUCUCUUUGUGUCAGACUGUUGCUUAGUGCUCUACUCUAGGUGGUCCUGUGUUGUGUGGCGGGGUGUUGGUCCUGUGUUGUGUGGCGGGGUGUU